CCAAUAUCUUGUAUUUUUAUUUGUAUAUUUAUGAUAUUUUUAGAAGUUUGAUUGUGUAGGACACACAUCCUCUUGUGAUAAAAGAGAUUACUAUAACUUUAUACAGUAUAACCCAGCCCAGAGACAGUUAUGCGGACAACCGCCAAGGCCCAAUCGUGGUCGAUUAGGACAUUAGGAGCAGGGAGCAAGGGAUGAUUACAUAGACGCAGCCUCAGAUUGGGCGGGAAACAAAGGGUAUCGUUCACAAUCGCCCAGGCAUUAGUUCUUAAACUACAAGGUUCUGCAUCUAUUUAAUCAGUAACAGAGUAAUAUGAAGAAAUCAAAGCAAGCAGAGGCAUCCGAAAGCGAAGAUGGAGUUGAUAUGAUCAGUAAAAUGCCGGAUCAUGUUCUUCAGUUGAUUCUUUCACGUCUUCAAGGUACAGAAGAAGUUGUUCGAACAAGCAUCUUGUCGACACGAUGGAGGCAUUUGUGGAUUCCAAUUCCCUGUGUAGACAUAGAUGAUUUCCGAGGGAUGAAUCUUUUACAAAGAUUCGAUAAAACCAAAUUUAGAGAGUUUGUGUUUUGGGUUUUGGCAAACAAAUCCGUGGAUUUGGAUAGUUUUCGUCUAAGUUAUGUAUUCUACUACAAUAAAUCGACACUUGGGCAAUGGAUUCACAUUGCUGUUAUGAAAAACGUGAAAAAACUUGACUUGGUGUUAAGCCCUCGGAGUAAAUCUGAGGUUGUCAAGGUGCCCCAUUGUCUGGUAACUUGCAGUUCAUUGGAGGAAUUAAGGUUGUCUUUGUCCGGAUGUCAUCUAAGUGUGCCUAAUAUUACUACAGGGUUUUCAGCACUUAAGGUUCUUGUGUUGAAAAAGGUUGAUUUGUUCGAUGAUUUUUCAGUUAAAUAUUUUUUCGAAAGCUGCCCAUUGCUUGAGGAGUUGUGGUUGAUAGACUGUUUUAUACACGAACUUUAUACUCUUCGUAUUUCAUGUCCGAACCUCAAGAGUCUUACAAUUGUCAACAAGGCGGGGGUUAGUUAUGAAGUGUUCAAGAAGAAUAAGGGCAUGUUUGAUACGCUAAAAAUUUCUUGCCCAAAGUUGGUGUCUUUGAUGCUAUCAGGUUAUGUAGCUGGUGAAUUUAUCUUUGAAACAAGUAUGCCCUCCUUGAAGGAAGUUUUUAUUCACCCUGAAGAACUGACUGAAGAUGAAAGGCCCCUUGUCGAUGGGUUUGUUGGAAUAAGUCAUGUGGAAUUAUUGUGCAUCACUCUUUACUGUGUCUCAAUGUGCUAUUUUCCGCCAAAUGAUGUCCCUGUAUCUCUACCCAAUCUCAAGACUUUGGAGAUAACAACUGGUGCAUUUGCAAUGAAUGAUCUCAUCCCAUUUCUCAUAUGUUUUCCACAUCUGGAGACUCUCCGUUUGUUCAUUACACAGGUAGAUCAGUUGGAAGACUGGAAACUAGAUGAUAUUGCAUCAAUGAGAAUCUUGACUCGUCAUUUGAAAUUGGUUGAGUUUCUUGGUUUCGAUGGAGAUGAUCGGAAACUGGCUAUAGCUCGUGCCAUAAUGGAGCAUGGAGAUGCAUUGGAGGAAAUGGUUUUCUUGUGGCAACAGGACGCCAAGCACCAUGAGAAGUCGAUGGAGGCUAUGAAGGAAAUGUCAAAUUUUCACAAGGCUUCUUCAACUGUCAAACUUACAACUGUACUUCAGCCAGCUCACCCUCGAUUCAAGCUCUGA